GUUUUAAUUGAACGUCUAAUUUAAAGGAAACCAUAUUUUCUAAUUGUGUUUUCUUUUUUCACCACAGUUUUCCUCUAUAAUUAGUCCCUUCUAACUCAACCCGGUGAAUAACACCAGAAGCUGGCCUAUUCUGGACCACACCCGACUGACCACAGCAAUUGUCUCACCACAUUGGUUCCCCUUGUCAGCGUAUGCUUUUGAAGUAACUACAUUGGGAUAGGGGACAAAGAGAAUGUUAAAUAUACCUAAUUCUUUACAUGCAUUGUUUUGUUUUAUUUUGUUAUCAGGCAGUUAUCCCCACAUUACCUAUUGAAUAUAUUUCUUUUUUCCCUGCUGAUUUGAAAUGCCAUCUUUAUAUCAUAAAUUUUUUGCCAAGAAAAUGAUCUGCACAAUCUUGAACAUGUACUAUCCAUGCUGAUGGGAGAGGAUCCAAUAUGAAUAUAAGUGAUGGAGGAAGACGACGCUUUGAAGAUAAUGAACAUACGUUACAUAUAUAUCCUGGGACUAUUUCAGAAGGGACAAUCUACUGUCCAAUUCCUGCCAGAAGAAACUCCACAGCUGCUGAGGUGAUUGACUCUCUUAUAAACAGACUCCAUCUUGACAAAACAAAAUGUUAUGUUCUAGCAGAAGUAAAGGAAUUUGGUGGAGAAGAAUGGAUACUCAAUCCAACAGACUGUCCGGUUCAGCGAAUGAUGUUGUGGCCCCGAAUGGCUCUGGAAAAUCGCUUAAGUGGAGAGGACUACCGCUUUCUUUUAAGGGAAAAAAAUCUUGAUGGAUCAAUCCAUUAUGGAAGUCUUCAGUCAUGGCUACGGGUAACAGAAGAACGCCGCAGGAUGAUGGAACGAGGUUUUCUUCCACAGCCACAACAGAAAGACUUUGAUGAUUUAUGUAGCUUACCUGAUUUGAAUGAGAAAACUCUUUUAGAAAACCUACGAAAUCGCUUUAAACAUGAAAAAAUUUAUACCUAUGUUGGCAGUAUUCUAAUAGUUAUUAACCCAUUUAAGUUUCUUCCUAUUUAUAACCCCAAAUAUGUAAAAAUGUAUGAUAACCACCAAUUAGGAAAACUUGAGCCCCACAUUUAUGCUGUGGCCGAUGUAGCUUAUCAUGCGAUGCUUCAACGCAGAAAGAAUCAGUGCAUUGUGAUUUCAGGAGAGAGCGGUUCCGGGAAGACUCAAAGCACAAACUUUCUUAUUCACCACCUUACUGCCCUCAGUCAGAAAGGAUUUGCCAGUGGAGUAGAACAGAUUAUUCUUGGAGCUGGGCCAGUACUUGAGGCCUUUGGAAAUGCAAAGACAGCUCAUAAUAACAACUCAAGUCGUUUUGGCAAGUUUAUUCAAGUAAAUUACCAAGAAACAGGCACUGUUCUUGGUGCGUAUGUUGAAAAAUAUCUACUAGAGAAGUCCAGACUUGUUUAUCAAGAGCACAAUGAACGGAAUUAUCAUGUAUUCUAUUACCUCCUGGCUGGAGCAAGUGAAGAAGAGAGGUUAGCAUUCCAUCUUAAGCAACCUGAGGAAUAUCAUUAUCUCAAUCAGAUAACAAAGAAACCCCUCAGACAAAGCUGGGAUGAUUAUUGCUAUGACACUGAGCCGCAGGAUUGCUUCACGGUGGAGGGGGAAGAUUUGAGGCAUGACUUUGAACGUUUACAACUGGCCAUGGAAAUGGUAGGAUUUCUUCCCAAGACACGAAGACAAAUUUUCUCCCUUUUGUCAGCAAUACUACAUUUGGGCAAUAUCUGUUAUAAAAAGAAGACAUACCGGGAUGACUCCAUAGAUAUCUGUAAUCCUGAAGUACUGCCUAUUGUUUCAGAAUUACUGGAAGUUAAAGAAGAGAUGCUGUUUGAAGCAUUAGUUACCAGGAAGACUGUGACAGUAGGAGAAAAGCUUGUUUUACCAUACAAGCUGGCAGAGGCUGUGACAGUGAGGAACUCCAUGGCUAAGUCUUUGUACAGUGCCCUGUUUGACUGGAUAGUUUUUAGGAUUAAUCAUGCACUUUUGAAUAGUAAAGAUUUGGAGCAGAAUAUCAAGACUUUGUCCAUUGGUGUUCUUGAUAUUUUUGGUUUUGAAGAUUAUGAAAAUAACAGCUUUGAGCAGUUUUGUAUUAAUUUUGCUAAUGAACGUUUACAACAUUACUUUAAUCAGCACAUCUUUAAGUUGGAGCAAGAGGAAUAUAGAACUGAAGAUAUCAGCUGGCACAACAUAGAUUAUAUUGAUAAUAGCUGUUGUAUAAAUCUUAUUAGCAAGAAACCAACAGGAUUGCUCCAUCUUUUAGAUGAGGAAAGCAACUUUCCACAGGCUACAAAUCAAACACUGCUAGACAAGUUUAAGCAUCAACAUGAAGAUAAUUCUUACAUUGAAUUCCCAGCGGUGAUGGAGCCUGCUUUCAUCAUAAAGCAUUAUGCUGGAAAAGUUAAAUAUGGGGUAAAGGAUUUUCGGGAAAAAAAUACAGAUCAUAUGCGCCCAGAUAUUGUAGCUCUUCUGAGAAGUAGCAAGAAUGCAUUUAUCUCUGGGAUGAUUGGAUUGGAUCCAGUAGCUGUUUUCCGAUGGGCAGUUCUCCGAGCUUUUUUCAGAGCCAUGGUUGCUUUCAGGGAAGCUGGAAAAAGACACAUUCAGAGAAAAACUGGACAUGAUGAUACAGCGCCAUGUGCAAUUUUGAAAAGUAUGGAUAGUUUUAGCUUUCUACAACACCCAGUCCACCAGAGGAGCUUAGAGAUUCUGCAGAGGUGCAAGGAAGAGAAGUACAGUAUAGCCCGGAAAAAUCCCAGAACACCUCUGUCUGAUCUCCAGGGCAUGAAUACUCUAAAUGAAAAAAACCAACAUGAUAAAUUUGAUAUUACCUGGAAUGGCAGAACAGGGAUCCGGCAAAGCAGACUAUCAAGUGGUAACUCCUUGCUUGAUAAAGAUGGGAUAUUUGCUAAUUCCACUAGCAGCAAACUCCUGGAGAGAGCCCAUGGAAUUCUCACGAGAAACAAAAACUUUAAACCCAAGCCUGUCCUUCCAAAGCACUUGCUAGAGGUGAAUUCUUUAAAGCACCUGACCAGACUGACUCUACAGGAUCGGAUUACCAAGUCUCUUCUUCAUUUGCACAAGAAGAAGAAACCUCCUAGCAUCAGUGCCCAGUUUCAGGCAUCACUAAGCAAACUGAUGGAGACACUUGAUCAAGCAGAACCGUAUUUUGUAAAAUGCAUUCGCUCUAAUGCGGAAAAGCUGCCCUUAAGAUUCAAUGAUGCCUUGGUACUUAGACAGCUUCGGUACACUGGAAUGCUGGAGACAGUUCGAAUUCGUCAAUCAGGAUACAGCUGCAAAUAUUCUUUCCAGGAUUUUGUGAGCCACUUCCAUGUACUGCUACCCCGAAAUAUUAUUCCAUCCAAGUUUAACAUUCAGGAUUUCUUCAGGAAAGUGAAUCUUAAUUCAGAUAAUUAUCAAGUUGGAAAAACAAUGGUCUUCUUAAAGGAGCAGGAACGACAGCACCUACAAGAUCUCCUUCACCAAGAGGUGCUCCGCAGAAUCAUACUGUUGCAGCGAUGGUUCAGGGUCUUGCUGUGUAGGCAACAGUUCCUUCAUCUGAGACGGGCAUCCAUUAUUAUCCAGCGAUUCUGGAGGAAUUACCUGAAUCAGAAGCAAGUCAAAGAUGCGGCUGUGCAGAAGAAUGCUUUCAUCAUGGCUAGCGCAGCUACUCUCCUCCAAGCUUCCUGGCGUGCUCACUUAGCGAGGCGCCGGUACUUGGAGCUACGGGCUGCAGCCAUCAUCACCCAGCAGAGAUGGCGGGAGCAGUAUAGGCGGAGGCACAUGGCUGCUGUCUACAUACAGGCAAGAUGGAAAGGCUACAGGGAAAGUAAGCGGUACCAAGAACAAAGGAACAAAAUUAUCCUUUUGCAAGCAGCAUGUAGAGGAUUCAGAGCAAGACAAAGAUUUAAAGCUUUAAAAGAACAAAGAAUUAAAGAAACAAAACUAGAGCUUGGAUUGGUGAAUAUAAAGGCAUAUGGGUCUCUGGAGAUUCAGGGUUCAGACCCUUCAGAAUGGGAAGAUUGUUCCUUUGACAACAGAGUGAAAGCCAUAGAGGAAUGUAAAUCUGUGAUAGAGAGUAAUCGAAUUAGCCGUGAAAGUUUAGGAGACUACUCCAAGGAGUCCCCAAACAAGCGACAGGAGAGAGCCAGAAGCCAAAGUGGUGUGGACUUACAGCAAGAUGUGGUUGUGAGAGAGAGACCCAAGUCCAUGGAGGAUCUCCAUCAGAAAAAAGUAGGCCGGGCCAAAAGAGAAAGUCGGAGAAUGAGAGAACUGGAGCAAGCUAUAUUUAGCUUAGAAUUGCUGAAAGUCCGUUCUCUCGGUGGUGUGUCUCCUACAGAGGAACGCAGAUGGUCUACAGAACUGAUGCCUGAGGGCCUUCAAUCUCCACAGGGUACACCUGAUAGUGAAAGUUCUCAAGGAAGCUUGGAAAUUCUCAGCUGUGAAGAAAACCAAAAGAGCAAACUAGAGCCCAUAAUUCCAGACGAAGGAGACUUGCAGGUUUUGUCACCUAAGAUACGCGGCAGCAGCCCAAAAUUUGAUUCACAGGGUAAUGCCCUCAGUGCCUCAAAUGAGACUAGCUAUGCAUUGAUGAAAAGACAGAAACCCUGUGCUUCAGAGCAUUUGAAGAAUGGGACUAUGAAGGAAAACCUGGUCUGCAGUUCUGAAUCUAUUCCUUGUAAACCACAGCUGAGAGACCCCUUUAUUUCAAAUAGUCUGCCUACCUUUUUUUAUACUCCCCAGCAAGACCCAUUGAAGAAAAGUUCCCGACUAGGUACAAGUAUUCAGAGAAACAAACUAUUGGGAAGUGAAGAAACUCUAGGGAGAGCUCUUACCUUGGAUAUCAACAGGGAAGCCCGAAGGUAUCACAUCUCAGGAGAAGAUCAAGUUAUUGCCUCUUUGAAUACAGAUCCUUCUAAUACUGUGCUGGAAAAGCUGGAGAAGCUAAACACUGAGAAGGAAGAAAGGCAAAAGCAGUUGCAGCAGCAAAAUGAAAAAGAGAUGAUGAAACAGAUUCGCCAGCAAACGGGUAUUUUAGAGAAGGAGCGUAAAGCCUUCAAGACAAUUGAAAAGUCAAGAAUUGGGGAGUCUUUCCUCGUACCCUCUUUCCAUCAGUCAAAGCAAACAGUAGAGAGGCCAUCCUCUCUCAUUCUCGAUGCUCCAAAUAAGAGAGAACCCAGUGUUCCAGGGCUCCCAUCAGUAACUAUAAAAGAUGCUGCUUUUGCCCCAAAAGACAGUCCCUCUGCUCAGGUACCCCUGAAGGACCGGCCUGUCACCAUGUUCUUUGAAAGAAAAGGAAGCCCAUGCCAACCUGAGGAAUUAUCUAAGACAGACAGAAUGGGCACCCAAUUGAAUGUAGCCCGUAAACUCUCUAAUAAUCGCGUUUCCAAAAGAGAAUACCUUAGGCUGGCUCAGUCUUAUAGCCACAAAUCUGAUGAUCCUUCCAGAGAGGGAACUAGUAGGGCCAUUUUCUUCAUGCCAAAGGACAAUAUGAGUGUACCCCUUGUCAACAAGGAAUCCUUAAAGUGUGGAAAUCCUCAACACCGUAAACAAGAUGAACCAGCUUGGAAACCUGUGAAAUUAGCUGGGCUGGGCCAAAGAGAGCAGGUUGCCAGACCGGCCCAUAAAAAGAAAGCUCGAAUGGCGCGGACGCGCUCCGAUUUCUUGACUAGAGGUACUUUUGCCGAUGGGGAGGGGGAUACAGAGGAAGAUGAUUACGAUGACAUUAUUGAGCCUCUUCUCUCCCUUGACCGAGCUUCUCACUCUGAGCUAGGGCCUGCACCCAGCCUGGGUCAGGCCUCUCACAGUGACUCCGAAAUGACAUUACAGCGAUUUUCUUCAGCUGACGAACAAGCAAAGCUUCAUAAGACUAUGUCUCAAGGAGAGAUUACAAAGCUGGCAGUGGAACAGAAGCCUUCAGAUUCAGAUACAAGACCUCAGAGAGCGAAGAUGAGAUUCUGGGCCAAAGGGAAACAAGGGGAGAAAAAGGCAACUAGGGUGCAGCCUGCUGCGCAGUCAGAGGUUUCGGCACUUUUUGCUGGCUCAGAUGUGCCUCCAGUUCAUCAGUUUCCAGAUGAAUUAGUUCAGUAUCACCCAACGCCUCCCUUGAGUCCAGAACUGCCUGGUAGUUGCCGGAAGGAAUUCAAAGAGAACAAAGAGCCUUCUCCAAAAGUAAAGCGCAAGCGAAGUGUGAAGAUCAGCAGUGUGGCUUUGGAGUCAAUGCAUUGGCAAAAUGACUCUGUCCAGAUCAUAGCAAGUGCCAGCGAUCUGAAAAGCAUGGAUGAGUUUCUUCUGAAAAAGAUGAAUGACUUAGAAAAUGAAGACAGCAAGAAAGAUACACUGGUGGAUGUUGUAUUUAAAAAAGCCCUGAAAGAAUUUCGGCAGAAUAUCUUCAGCUUUUAUUCAUCUGCAUUGGCGAUGGACGAUGGGAAAAGCAUACGGUAUAAAGACCUCUAUGCGCUAUUUGAACAGAUUCUAGAAAAAACCAUGAGACUUGAGCAGCGCGAUUGGAGUGAAUCUCCAGUCAGAGUUUGGGUCAACACUUUUAAAGUGUUUUUAGAUGAAUAUAUGAACGAAUUCAAGACUUCAGAUUGCAUAGCCACAAAGGUGCCAAAAACAGAAAGAAAGAAAAGAAGGAAAAAAGAAACUGAUUUGGUGGAAGAACACAACGGUCAUAUCUUUAAAGCUACCCAAUAUAGCAUCCCUACAUACUGUGAGUACUGUUCUUCUUUGAUAUGGAUAAUGGACCGAGCCUCUGUUUGCAAAUUAUGCAAGUAUGCUUGCCACAAAAAGUGCUGUCUGAAAACCACUGCCAAGUGCUCUAAGAAGUAUGACCCAGAGCUGUCAUCUCGACAAUUUGGGGUUGAACUGUCCCGUUUGACCAGUGAAGACCGAACUGUUCCUUUAGUGGUGGAAAAGCUCAUAAACUACAUUGAAAUGCAUGGAUUGUAUACAGAAGGUAUUUACCGAAAGUCUGGUUCAACUAAUAAAAUCAAGGAGCUUCGACAAGGUCUAGAUACAGAUGCUGAGAAUGUAAACUUAGAUGACUAUAACAUACACGUCAUUGCAAGUGUAUUCAAACAAUGGCUUCGUGAUUUGCCCAAUCCACUCAUGACUUUUGAACUCUAUGAGGAAUUUCUUCGAGCUAUGGGUCUUCAGGAUAGGAAGGAGACAAUCCGCGGCGUAUACUCGGUGAUUGACCAGCUCUCCCGAACUCAUCUCAAUACACUGGAACGCCUCAUAUUUCAUCUAGUCAGGAUUGCUCUGCAGGAAGACACGAAUCGAAUGUCUGCGAAUGCUUUGGCCAUUGUGUUUGCUCCCUGCAUUCUCCGCUGCCCUGACACCACUGACCCACUACAAAGUGUACAGGACAUCAGUAAGACUACCACCUGUGUGGAGCUGAUUGUUGUGGAACAAAUGAAUAAAUACAAGGCUCGUCUCAAAGACAUCAGUAGCCUGGAAUUUGCUGAAAAUAAAGCAAAGACCAGGCUGUCACUGAUUCGUAGAUCAAUGGGCAAGGGGCGUAUUCGUCGAGGAAACUAUCCAAGUCCUUCCUCUCCCGUUGUAGUUCGGUUGCCCUCCGUGUCUGAUGUCUCAGAAGAGGCCUUGACUAGUGAGGCAGCCGUGGAGACUGACAUCACAGAACAGCAGCAAGCAGCUAUGCAACAGGAGGAGAGAGUGCUGACCGAGCAGAUUGAGAGCCUCCAGAAAGAGAAGGAGGAGCUAACAUUUGAAAUGCUUAUACUGGAACCCCGUGCAUCUGAUGAUGAAACCCUUGAGUCUGAGGCCUCCAUUGGGACUGCGGAUAGCUCAGAAAAUUUGAAUAUUGAGCCUGAAGGGGUUAUCUCUGAGAAAUCAGAGAGAAGCUUAGCCCUUAGCUCCCUGAAGGCAGCUGGCAAGUCUGAACCUUCAAGCAAGUUGCGAAAGCAGCUAAAAAAGCAGCAAGACUCUUUGGAUUCAGUGGACUCUUUGGUCUCUUCUUCAUGUCCACCUAACACUGCAUCUUCUCACGGGACCAGAAAACGAUUUCAAAUUUAUUCCAAAUCUCCAUUCUACCGAGCUUCCUCAGCUGGUGAGGCCCUGGGAAUGGAAGGGCCAUUGAGCCAGACCAAAUGCCUGGAAGACAGGCCUCAAUUCAUUAGCAGAGGAACAUUCAACCCUGAAAAGGGCAAACAAAAAUUAAAAAAUGUGAAAAACUCACCUCAGAAAACCAAAGAGACCCCAGAGGGAACAGUAAUGUCUGGCCGCAAGAAAACUGUGGACUCAGAUAGCAGCUCUGCCCAACAGCCAGCUCUCUUUGGAAAUAAUGAGUUUAUGGUCUGAACUGGCAGAUGUGUGUCCCUUUACAGCCACAGAGUGGUAAACACAUCUCAUCUUUGGGGCCUCUUCUUAUCACCUCGUCCACAAUAGCCCAUCCUAAGUGUGGUCCUGCCUCUUGCCCAGGCAUGCAGCUAAGACCUUGUGUGCCGAGUCCCUAGGCCUCCUGCAGAAAGGGAAAGGCCUCUUUGAAGCCUGCUGGGGUCGGUGCCAGCUCUGGCUUGGCUGCUGUAUUUGAAAUGAGAUUUCACCAAAAGCCAACCUAGGGCCUGUGUGUCUUGGUCAGGUGUGGAGGUCUUUGUAGCUGCCUCUCCCAGCCCUCUUUUCCCUUCCCAGAUGUGGGCGUUCAACUGGGAGAGGGGGAUAUUGUGGGCUUAAGGAACCCACUGAUUUCUGACAUUUGAAGAAAACAUUUAAAUCUUUCUUAACCAUGAAAGCAGAAGCCUUUGGGUUUAUUUUGGGAUAGUUAGGAACUGGGAUGAAUAUAAUUUUUUUCCAAGGAUUUAUAACAAAAAGCCUGAGCCCUCUAUUUUAAGAUUUUUGAAAAACAACACUCCAUGUUAUGUUCUGGGGAAGGUAAAAAAGCAGUUGUUUCCAUGAAGCCGUCAGAGAGCAUCUCGGCCAUCUGGUUAUACGUGAAGAAGGAGAGUACAUGUUUUGCUUUUUGAUGAUGUCUUGAAGUCAUAACAAUCAGCGCUGGUUUAACUCCUGGUUAUUAGUUCCUGCCAGGUAUCUUGCAUGGGCUAAAGUUUCACUAGCCGUACUGUUCUCAUGUUUCUUGGUCCAGUAUUUCUUUUUUUUUUUUUUUUUUGGUAGUUGGGGGGAAAAAAAUAAAAGGUACUAAAAGGCCCUUUUUUGAAAAACAGCAGUCUCCAGCCCUGGUGUUUGAAAGAUCCUUGGGUGAAUCUUCUACAUUUCCUUGUGCCACUUCACUUAGUGGACCCUUCCUAAGCUGGAGACUCGUAGGUCCAAUUUUUUUUAACUGUUCCAGAAAUAUGGUGACCCCUAAACCUAAACAUGGGGGUUCAUCCUAAUCCAUCCAGGUUUUUCUCUUUUUGUAAAGAUUAAAACUGAAGACCACAUAUGAGCCUAUUAAUCUGCUGGUGGGUUUGCACCACAGACUCAGACAGAUAAUGUGACCAUUUAGUCCCUUCUCCAAAACAUUCACACAUAACAUUGCAUGAAUAAGUGUUACAGAACGCUGCCAAAAAAAAAAAAAAAAGUUUUUUAAUAUGACCUAUCUUUUAUCUUUUC